UGUUGCUAUGGUGAAGUUAAUCAUGUUGGCUCCUCCUCGUCUGAUCUUUCUCCUCAUUAUUCACGGAGUUUAUAGUGCUGAUGAUGGGUGGGGUGUGAAUUACAGCUCUUCAUCCAUCUGUGCACUAAAGGGUUCAACAGUGAUAAUAAACUGCACUUAUAAAUACCCUACUGGACAUCAGAUCAUAAAAGUGUUCUGGACCAACACUGAUGUUAGACAACCAAAUAAUGAUUUUCCAGAUCUGUCUGAGGACUCUGAAUACAGUCAGAGGAUUCAGUAUCUGGGAGAUCAACAUCAUGACUGCACCAUGAGACUGACUGAUGUGAGACAGACAGAUUCACACAAAUACUAUUUCAGAUUCAUCACUGAUAUACCUGAUGGGAAAUGGGUUGGAAAACCUGGAGUGACUCUUGAUAUCACAGAUCUUCAGGUGGAGUCUUCAGGUGAGAGAGUGACAGAGGGACAUUCAGUGACUCUUACAUGUAAAAGCAGAUGCAGUCUCACUGACAGAUCAACAUUCAUCUGGUUUAAAAACACACAGUCAUUAAGUGAGAGAACAGACAGAAACAAUCAACUCAUCCUACAGUCAGUAAGAAGAGAGGAUGCAGGCAACUAUAACUGUGCUGUAAAGGGACACAAACUCACAUCACCUCAUCAAUAUCUCAAUGUCAUCUAUGCUCCAGAUAAACCUGUAAUCUCCAUCAAUCCAUCUGGUAAAAUAAUGGAGGGUUAUUCAGUGACUCUGACCUGCAGCAGUGAUGCAAAUCCACCUGUUCACAACUACACCUGGUUAAAGAAGAAUGAAACAUCAGCUGUUGGAUCUGGAAAAAACUUCAUCAUCUCAAACAUCAGAUCAGAUCACAGUGGAGAAUACAAGUGCAAGUCAAGUAAUACACUUGGACAGAAAUAUUCAGCAGUGACAUUAAAUGUUUUAUAUCCUCCAAAGAAUGUGACAGCAUCCAUCAGUGGAUCUGGUGAAAUAAUGGAGGGUGAUUCAGUGAAUCUGACCUGCAGCAGUGAAUCAAAUCCACCUGUUCAGAUCUACAGCUGGUUUAAGGAGAAUGAAACAUCAUCUGUUGGAUCUGGACAGACGUACAGCAUCACUAACAGCAGAUUCAGACACAGUGGAUGGUUUUACUGUGAGGCUCAGAAUGAAGUCGGAUCUCAGAGAUCUGCUGCUGUAUCACUCAAUGUCAAAGGAAAUGUGGGGAUGUUUUUCACGAUCAUCGGAGCAAUGAUUUUGGGGGCUGCAGUUGUUAUUGUGGUGAUGAUAAUUUGGAUAAUCGGGUGGAUGAAAAAGAGAAAUAACUCAGAGUCUCAGGUUGUUCAUCAUAGUCUUCCUCAUAACAGCCACAAAACAUGUGAUGUUGUCCUGCAUGAUGAAGUGUAUGAGAACAUAACUAUUGCUGAUGGCAGCUGUGAUGAAUCCAACCUGAGUUCUCCUGUCUAUGAGAAUAUUAAAAUAGAUGCUGUCGAGGUCAAUGAAACACAUCAAAACAUGUGAAAGCCAAUAAAAGCUUUGGGUGGAGCUCCUGAUGAUUGACAGGAGAGUUGACAUGA